UAGUGUAUAGAGAAAACAUAUUUCAUCUUCUCAAAAAUCCUGGAGUAGUUGCUUGGUACUCUGGGUGUCGCUGUUCACCAACCUGGGAGAGAAAUUAAAGGAGAGUCAGCCUUUUCAUUUCUUCUACACAAAGAGCCUUCAGAUGAAAUACACAAAGAUUCAGCAUAUGAGCACUCUGAAUUUGACUGUGGAUACUUCACCAGACAUAGACGGUCCAAGAACUGAAUUCAGACACACGUAGUGAGAAAAGAAAAAUGGAUAAUUCGGCAGACAGACAGCAAUGACUGCUGAGCACAGGCAGUGGGCUUGCAGAGAAUCAUUCUUGCUUUGCUUUCUCUUGGGAACUCUGUGGAAGGAUGGGGCUGCCGAGAUCCACUACUCGGUACCCGAGGAGAUGAAGAAGGGCUCUUUCGUGGGCGACAUCGCCAAAGAUCUGGGGGUAGAGCCUCAGGAACUGUCAGAGCUCGGUGCUCGAAUCGUCUCCAGAGGUAAGAAGCAGCAUUUCUCUCUGAACCUAAGAAGCCAUAGCUUAGUGACCUUGGACAGAAUAGAGAGGGAGGAGCUUUGUGCUCAGAGAUCCCAGUGUCUGCUGAUUUUCAAUAUUCUGACUGAGGAUAAGUCAAAACUUUACCCUAUAGAAGUAGAAAUAUUAGACAUCAAUGACAACGCUCCUCGCUUUGGGUCAGAGGACUUGGAUUUCAAAAUUAAUGAAAAAAUCACUCCAGGAACUGGAUACCCUCUGCCUUCCGCACAGGACCCGGAUGUGGGUGUGAAUUCAGUCCAGAGCUACCAGCUGAGAUCAAACCAUCACUUCUUUCUGCACCUGCAGAGAGGAACAGGUGAGGCCAAGUACCCGGAACUGGUGCUGGAGCAGGCGCUGGACCGGGAGAAGGAGCCUGUUCACCACCUUACCUUCACAGCCUCGGAUGGGGGAGAUCGGGUCCGCUCUGGCACCGUACACAUUCGUGUGACUGUACUUGAUUUCAGUGACAAAGCGCCAGUAUUUACGCAACCCACGUACAGCGUGAGCGUUCCUGAAAGUGUGCCUGCGGGAACAUGGAUGCUCACGGUGAAUGCCACUGACUCAGAUGAGAGAGUCAAUGGGGAAGUGACCUAUUCUUUUAGGAACACCGAAAGUAAAGCAGUCCAAACCUUCCACUUGGACUCUCAUAGAGAGGAAAUAAGGAAUGAAAUAUCCUUGAAUUUUGACGAAUUAGAAUUUUAUGAAAUGGAAAUUCAAGCACAAGAUGGAGCUGGUUUAAUGGCCAAUGCUAAGGUCUUGAUCACAGUUCUGGACGUAAAUGACAAUGCCCCAGAAGUGACAAUCACUUCGUUCAUCGGUUCAGUUCCAGAAAAUUCUCUCCAAGAGACUGUGAUUUCCCUUCUUCAUGUGCAUGCCCCAGAUUCUGGAGAGAAUGGUUGUGUCAAGUGUUCUAUUUGGGAGAAUCUGCCCUUUAAAUUAGAAAAAAAAACAGUUGAUAACUAUUACAGUUUGCAGACAGACAGGAUUUUGGACAGGGAGCAUGUAUCUGUGUACAACUUCACAGUGACAGUGAUAGACAGAGGGAGUCUACCACUAUCGACUUAUACUCACCUUUCACUGAAUAUAGCUGACAUCAAUGACAAUUCGCCCACUUUCAGUCAGUCAUUUUACUUUGCCUAAAUAGAAGAGAAUAAUCCUAAAGGAGUCUCUGUUUAUUCAGUUACUGCCUCAGAUCCCAACCUGGAGGUUAAUGCUCAAGUCACUUACUCCAUUGCAGAAGACACUUUCCAGGAGGCAUCUCUCUCUUCUUAUGUCUCCAUUAAUUCUGAUACAGGCAUACUUUAUGCUCUGCGCUACUUUGACUAUGAACAGUUUAAGGAGCUACAGCUGAGACUGACAACCAGGGACUCUGGGGACCAUCAUUUCAGCACCAUCUCCCUGACUCUGUUCAUCCUGGAUCAGAAUGACAAUGCUCCAGAAAUCCUGUACCCCGCCUUUCCCACGGAUGGCUCCAGUGGAGUGGAGCUGGCCCCAUGCUCUGCAGAGCCAGGCUACCUGGUGACCAAGGUAGUGGCAGUGGAUGCAGAUGGCCAGAAUGCCUGACUGUCCUACCACCUGCUCAAGGCCACAGAGCCUGGGCUCUUCUCCAUGGGUCUGUAUUCAGGGGAGAUCAGGACUGUUUGGACAUUCCUCGACAAAGAUGCCUUCAAGCAGAAUCUCAUAGUGGCAGUAACAGAUAAUGGAGAGCCCCCUCUCUCUGCCACCAUCAGUGUCACUGUGGCAGUGGCUGAUAACAUCCCUGAGAUCCUCUCAGAUCUCAGCAGCCAGGCAGCUCCUGGAAUUCAAGAGGACUCUAAUAUCACACUUUACUUGGUCAUAGAAAUAGCUGCAGUAUCUUGUCUCUUUUUUGCCUUCAUCAUUGUCUUACUGAUAGUCAAGCUCCAUCAGUGGAGGAGAUCACAGUUUUUAGGGUCAUCUGAUACCUAUUUCUUGGGUGUGCCUGCAUCCCAAUUUGUGGACACUAAUGGAGUUCAAGCUUUUCUCCAAACACAUUCACAUGAAGUUGCUCUUACUACUGACUCUUGGAAAAGCCAGUUGAUCUUCCCCCAGCCCAACUACGCAGACACACUUCUAAGUCAGCAAAACUACAAGAAAUCAACAUUAUGUCCCCAGUCUUUAUUUGAAGCUAAAGAUGAACAAACAUUUUUUUCAGGUAAAAAAAAUUCUGUAGAAUUGAAUUACAAGUUAUUUUGA